UUCAGUUGAGAACCUCUCCAGUUCUCCUGUAAACUCUUAUAAAGAGAUCGAAGCAAAGAUUGAAGAGGGGACGAAAAAUCGAACCAUUGCUGCGACGAAUAUGAAUGCUACAAGUAGCAGUGAACGCCAAAGAGAUGCAGGAACAGAAGGAGAUAGGAUGAAGGAAGGAAUUGUCAUCAAUCAGUCAUUAUCAACGCUCGGACGAGUAAUCAAAGCACUGCAUGAACAACAAGGCAGUAAGGGAAAGAAGGUUCAGAUUCCUUAUCGAGAUUCAGUACUCACAUGCCUAUUGAAAAACGCGCUAGGAGGGAAUAGUAAGACAAUUAUGGUAGAUUGCUGCGAUCUCACCUGCUGACA